AUGUUGGAAGACAGGGUAGGCCUGCUCGAAGCGCAACUGAGCUCACCCAUCCAGCCUUCUGACCACGAGGAACUUCACAGUCCCACACAGCGCGCCGAAGCUCGCCAGAUUCCCACGUCACGACAAGACCAGUCAAUAAGAACUUCUCCUUCCAAUCGUCUGACCCUAGGGUUGGGUGUGUUAUCCUCAGUCGCCGCUGCCGAGCCUCACUACUUCGGUUCCUCGUCAGGGCUGAGCCUCGCCCAUUUCGUCCAAGCAGCCAUUGAAUGCGGUACAAGUACCGGAUCAGAAGUAUCCUUGCCCCUGUUGGCCGACCGGCCUUUCCCGAACCAUGCUCCCUCAUCCAAAACGCCCGUGGCUCCGAUUCCAGCGCUGAAAGUGGGCAGCAGAUUCAUCAAGGCUUAUUUGGCGAGUGUACAUCCACUGUACCCUUUCCUAGACCGAGCAGGACUUUGGGGAAUGCAUCGCCAUCAUAGUAGUGUCCAUGGAGACCCAUCAGCGGACUCGCAGUUAGGCCUCGCAGUCCUCCACUUGGUAUAUGCAAGUGGGUCUCGCUGCCUUGAACUUCUGGGAUCUACAAAGAUCGCAAAACAUACUCCUCAAGGCCAUUUCAUGGCGGCUAUGAGCGUCUGGCAUCUGUGCGGUCUUGCGUUGAGACAGUGUCUGGAGCUGGGCUUGCAUAAGCAAAGAGUUGUCGCCGCUCAUCAGCUAGCGCAGGAUCAGAAGCGCAAAAGGCUCUUCUGGAGCGCAUUCAUCUUCGAGAGGAAGACCGCACUUGUGUUGGGCAGGCCUUUUGCCAUAUCGGACAAGGAAAUCGAUGCAGAUCUGCCCUUGGAGGUGAAUGAUGAUGAAGAAGACGUCAAUGUACUAGACGCAGCACGACAAGCGCAGCACUCAAGCGAUGAUACUCCGCAAUUCCUAUCGAAUUUGAGCCUUCACAGACAUCAUAUCAUGCUGUACCGCAUCCAUACGAAGAUUCGGUUUACCUUGCAUGGCUUGAAGAGCUCUGAACAGGCGGGCAGAAUGCGGGAGAAGAUUGGACUUCGGUUCCAAGAACUCGAAGAAUGGAAAGACCGCGUUCUGGGCCAUUACUCGAAGUCCUCUGGUUAUACGCAAGCUUUCUGCGAGUCGAGAAAUGUCAGUGACGAGGAUAACUCUUCCGACUCGGAGCCUGACAGGGUACGAGAAAUCCGACGUUCCGUGGAGAUCGAGAGGACAGAAUUGCUCCUCGAAUACAAUGAGGCGCGACGAUCAUUGCUACAGCCGCUGAUGACAGAGGGACAGAAUCACUAUACGUUUGGCCCUUCGGAGUAUGCUGCAUGUGCCGAUGCAUCUGGCCAGAUCUGUCAGCUUUACAGACGACUCCACCGGCUAUCUCCCGUACCAUUCACGCUGAGAGAUUUGCAUGCAGUGUUUGUUGCAGGAUUCACAUUGAUCUAUUGCAUCUGCAACAGUCCGUCGCUGUACGACGCUCAUCAUGCUGGCGACGUUGGAGCAUGCUCGACAGUUCUGUAUGUCAUCAGCGAGCAGUGGUCAAGCGCCAAAAAAUAUCGUGAUGCAUUCGAAGUUGUGGUGGAGAAGAUGAUUGAACGCACCAGGAGCGCGACUGAAGACCACUCUGUGCGAAGCGAUGAUAUGCAACCUGAAGCGAGGAGUAACAGGCAACGCCUGCAACGUGUGAAGCCACAUCGUGCUCAGCCGGGUUCCCAAAGCUAUCAUACGACUCGCGUCUCUGGUCAUGCCGUCGAUAACAUAGGCAGCUCUACCGACCAGGGUCGUGCGGCCCUGCAGGACACUGAGGUUCAACAGCAGGCAGGGUCUGGAGCUGACCAGUCGGUGGUGCAGCAGCACCCCGGUAGGAUCCUGGCUUCACCUGGACCUCCCAAUUUUGACAGCGACCUUACCCCUAGCCCUCUCGACGGCUUUGGGUUUGGGCUUGACCUUGACUUCGAGUAUAAUGAGAUCGGAGAUCUUCUCACGAUCGAAGGGUUGGAUUGGUUUACUGGUGCCGUUCUCUGA